AUGUCGAACGACGACGAAAUCAGCAGAGACCUGUCUGCGCUCGUGGCGAACAUCAAUCUCCAUACGACCACUUCGUGUCUCGAGUCCGCACCCGAAUUGUCUGCUGCAAACUCGAUCCACACGUCCAUCAUGGACAACCCGCCAAUCGACAAGCAAGUCCUUGGUAUCAGUGACACCUCAUGCUCUGCUGAGCUGCAAGUCAAAGCAAACUUGAUACUGCCACCCGUGAUAUACUCUCUUCCGAACCUUGCUGUGCUGGCUACGGUCGCACGAUACACCGCUGCGCCUGGUAGUUCCACAUUGAAGUUAGUCAGGUACUGGCAGAAGAGCUCUCAAGGCUUAGUGUACAGAUUGAGUCUGAACAACGAGGCAGAUCUCCAUCUAUUCGAGGCCGCUCCCGUUUUCGAGCUGGACUCGGAUCAGUUUGACCUCCUCUUAGCAUGCGGUAAGCACAUCGAGUGGCUGCGAUUGCUGCGAGGACUAGUUUACCGCACCUCAUAUCGUGCUGUGUAUCAUGUCCGCAAGCAGCUGACGAGAUUCUAUGGCAACAACGGUCCUGUGUUCGAGGAGCAAGCAUGGACUACUGGCUGGGCGACAGAGAUGGGCAAGAGACCUGUCAACGACAAAGAAGUGCUGUAA